CUCCUUCCUGUGUUUCCAGAACUUUGAUUCUCUGGAGGACUCGAUCCAGAACCUGCUGUCGGUGCUCUACCCCCCCUUCGAGGCCACCGCCCCCACACUCCUCAGCCAGCUCUUCCACAUCAUUGAUCAUCGAUAUCGGGGAGACGCCCUGCGCUGCCUGCUGGACUUUCUGGUCCCAGCCAAGCACAUCUUAGACACUGUGCAGCAGGCUGCAUGCGCUCAGUACUCUGAUGCACUCUUCUGCUGUGAGGGCUGGCCUCUGUGUUUGCGUGACCAAGUUGUCGUCCACCUAGCUCCCAUCAACCCCCUCAUACUCCUGCCUGGUGACUUUUACCUACAAGUGGCCCCAUAUUGUGACCAAUCCGCUCGCAUCGUGGUGUGCAGCCUCCUGGAAGAGGAGGGGCUUAGAGUGGAAGUAGUUGAGGAGACCCCGAUCCCUGAAACUUCCUACCCUUGUAUAUUCAGCUGUGAUUGGUUAAAGGAGAUCAACCAGGGCCGCCAUGGAACGCCCCUGAGCCGAUGCCUGCUUGCCACCCAGCAGGGAGUGGUGAGGUUACCAUGGGAACGGGUGGCCGUGCCUGAUUUGGUGGACGUACCACAGUGUGCUGGGAGUAGUAUGGCCUCUGUUCCUCCUGCAUAUCCUCCUUUACCACCUCCUCUUCCUCCUCCACUUCCUCAUUCUUCUGAGAAAUCUUCGUCGAAUCGUUCAUUUCGUCUUUCGCCUGCAAAGAAAUCUGCACCAAAAGAGUGUAAAGUUAACCUUCAAAAUUCAAUCCCAGUAUCUUCCUCACAUCCCACCGCCUUCUCUGUGGAGACGAGAAUAUGUCCAGGGAAGCACGGCAUCGCUGUGUCUCUCUGCCGGGUGGAUUCCACUGCUGCCUCCUCAUCUAGAGUUGUCAAAGUGAAAGAAGCUGAAACAGAGCACAAGCCUAUUGGCUGGGUUUCCCCAAAUACAUGGGACAGCCGCUUUACUGGGUCAGGUUCAGACACAGCGGCAAAAACAAGUGCUGCUUCAGGUACAAAUACACACAAAGCUGCAGAUAAGAGUCUGAUUGUUGGUGAAAAUAAAGAUACAAGCAGAGGGGAGCCAGCAGGCCAAGCUGCUGCUGAGGGGGAAUAUAUUGAUAUUUUGCAGGCAACUAUGCUUUUUUCUAAAGCUCAGUCAGUGACACAGGAGCAACAGAAGUUAGAUGUACAAAUGCAACCGCGCACACAAGUCGAAGCACAAUUGCCAAGAUAUCCACAAGGACGUGGACAAAUGCAACCACAUGCACAGAUGGAGUCUGUGAGGCAAACACAGAGGCAGCUAAACCCACAGACCUCACAACCUCAUGCGCGUUCAGCACCUUGGGUGCAGAUACGUACAAAACCACAAACGCACAGUCAUUCUAGAUCAGACGCUCCAGUAUCAUGGACACCGAACAUGGCUGCAGAAACAGGACCUCCAUCUGCUCCCCACCAUUCCCAACCUGACUCCCUGGAUCCCUCUCAAUGGGCCCGCACCCUCCGCUUCUCAGAGAAACCCUGUACUCCGUGCAUGAAGAGGAGACAAGGCGGACAGGUCUCCCGAACUCAGGAGCUGAGGUGCCGAUACAGGGACUCCUACCAGGCUGCUAUAGAAAACCCUGUCACCUUUGGACAGGAGAGAGAGAGGGGGAAUAUGUUAGCUGUGGUGGAGGAGGAUGGUGAUUUCUCACAGUGUGACGACAGACAGAUGCCACCAGGGACUGAAACAGAGGAUCCAUGGUGCAAUGUACGAGGAAUGUGGUGUGAUCCUGGGAUCCAAAACCAGCCUCCCUCAUCUGUCGGUGGAGCCAUCUGUAAAGAGUCGGGAGAAAAAAACAUGGUUCCAUAUUGGAAACCAGGAGAUUCUACCACUGCCCCCCUUAUGGAGUACAGGUGCACCAAUCCUUUAAAAUAUGUCGGGGUAACAGAGCAGCCGGCCGAAAAGAACACUGUGCCAUUCAGGGAAACUGGGAACACACACACUGCCAAACCGGGGAACGGGAAACCUUUAGCAACUGGAGCGAGGAUCAACAAUCAAAUUUUGUCCGAUUCAAAGGAUCCUCAACAGCCACACGUGACCUCUGCCAAACACCAUGGAUUGCAGUUUGGUCCAGGUGAAAUGUCAGGGACGAGCCUGACCCUCAAGCCUCGUGAAAGAUUAAGAAACAGAACCAGUUCCUCUGGGAUGAGUCCAAACGUCACAAAGCCUCUCACAGCGUCACAAAACAGACGAGGAUCCACGUCAGAUGGAAGGUGUUCGUCCCUCUCCACAGCCGUGGUGGACACCUCAGAGAAGUGUGAACUGGUCAUUGUUGAAGGUCAAAAUGUCAGGAGAAGAGAAAAUAAAAGCUCCUGUGCAGAGGUUCCCCAGCUGCAUGUUGUCAAAUGUAAAAACAGCACAGCCUUUGGGCUGGUGUCACCCAAGAUCAACAGGAGGAAGAUGGUCAUUCCAGAUGGUGCUCAGCCCAGCAGUACAUCAUUAACCAGCAGACACUGUCAUCAGAGGGAGAACCCGUCUCAGACAGAUGCCCCUCCAGCAGCAGAGACACAGAAGAUCUCCCAGCAUGCCUCUGCUCGUCCCAGACCCAACCACCUCCCCCUGGGAUCCCCAGACCCCAGAGCCCAUCCCCUCUAUCUGGGAGUAGCAUCACUCACAGAUGCUCAGGGCCUCAGAUCGCGUUGAUGUUUCCACACACUCUCCCUCAUGUUGCAUCAUGUGUCCACUCCUCACUGGCAGCACAGUGGAGCCACGUCCUCGGCAGGUGAAGGGAACAGCCUCAUGGCUUUCCUGGAGGAUCGGGUGUAGCCGUUGGGGAAAAUCAAGGCCUUCUUCACAGUGAAGAAGGAGACUGUCUUGUCCCACACGUCAGAGCUGGACACCCCAGAGUCGAGUUGGCUCUCCAGGGCCGAGCGGAGCCUCUCUGCCCUGUCUGUGCACUUCCUCUCCAUCUUCAUCAUCUUACACAGGCUGAGGACGAGAAGAGAAACAUCAGAUUAAUGUCGGGUAUUAAAGCCAUUUUUUAAAGGGCCUGUUCACAGAAAUCAAGAAAAUAUAUUUGUUCCCAUUAAUGUUGAUAUUUUUAUUUGUUCAUAUUUUUCUCAUCCAUCUGUGGGAUUCCUGUUGCUACAGCACACAAUGAGAUGGAUUCCGCUUGUGGUGCUCCCAACCAUUGGGAAAAAUGCAUUAUAGAAAAUUUAGAAAAUUCAAAAGAAAUAUUAUUUCUAGAAUCAGUUAAGUUAAGAUAAGAUGAGACAGGUGACAGAUAAGAUAAGUUGAGAUAACAUUAGAUAACAUAAGAUAAGUGCGUUGCAGCAGCAAAGUGGAUAAAUAAAUAUGUAAACAUGCAAUGUAAAUAAAAAAAAUAAUAUAUAUAUAUAUAAAAAGAAUAGACAGUGAAGACUGAAUAUGACCUGAUCAAAUGAAAAUGUAAAUCUUAGGUAAGUGAGAAAGUCUAUUCGGUGGAUAAGGUUGAAAUGACCCUUGAACAGAUCAUUUUGUAACACCAUCACCAACAGAGCAAAAAUCGGAGCCUUGAUAACCUGUUCAAACCUAAACACUCCUGACCCUUCACAACCUUCAAUGAGAGGAUUUGAAGAAGGAAAAACGAUCAAAUGAUAAGCAACAUGAACUUGAGCUUACGUUGUGUGUUGAUCCCUCAUGGUGAACGUGUAGUGUGACGGCGUCCGGUCAGUCCAGGCCUGUGGUGGUACGAGAGGCGUUCACGGUUCUGAUUUCACCAACUCUUCCAUCCUUUAUAUACUUAAACCAACUUUCCCAUCGAUUUAAUGCGAUGCUGGUUCUCACAGUGUUUGGCCAAUCACAAAGCAGCGUUAUGACAAUAGGAUGUGAAUGAAUUAGUUGAAUUCAUGGGGUACAAUGGCCCCUAAACCAAACAAACAGGUGGGAGGGGCCCUUCCCGGGCCCCUUGUCACUGGGCUGAUGCGGAGGUAUCCUUGGUAUUGUGUGGACUGAUAUGUGGUGGGAACGUGGAGGAGAAACAUCUGCCUGAAGAAGACCCACACAGAGAAGAGUGAAAUUCACAUGAAGAAGAGAUCUGUCCAGUGUAACAACAUGGUGGAGAGAGGUGUUCAGUUUAAAACUAAAAGCUUCCAUGUUUUUACUCUCAAUAUGUGCUGAAUUUCAAUAAACUUAUAAGAAGUAGUGCCUUUAAAAGACGAUUUGAUCA